UAUAGAAUAAUAUAAAACUAUCCCGGGUAACUUAUCUAGCAGCUUGUAGACAUUUAAAACAAGAAGAAGACUUUGGUUUUGCAGUUUUGGACAUUGCAAGAACUGCUGUAAUGGCGAUGUUAACAAAGAUUACCACUGUAUUGUCUAGGUUUGUCUGUUUUUCUCUAGGAAUUUGCCGUCUAGUAAAGCACUCGAAACUACUACAACAUCACUUCACUGUGUCUCUUCUCUUCAGUCUCCAUUGCCAUCAUCACCAACAUGAGACCUCCCAAAGCAAAGCCUCAGGAUUCGUACAUUCGUGGCCGAGAGAAUCCAUACUUUGAUGGUCUGUUAAGAGGUAACGACACUGGCAGCCAGAAUAUUUCUCCGUCAACAUCAGAUAUUGGUGAUUUGAGAGGAAUAAGUUUUUCAGAUAUUCCUGGAAAGUUUAAGGACUUGCCAGUAAAGGAUUCAGUCUCAGACAUUCUCGAACCCUUCGAGCAGACUACAUUUUGGACUUUGUCAAAAGUUCCUAGAUCAACAUCAUUCGAAUCCCAAAGUUCUCAAUCUGAUAUGAGCUUUGAUUUAGAUGGUUCAAAUCAUUUAGUGAAACAAUCCAGUCCUGGUACCUUUGAAACAACCGAAGAACACCAAGUUGUACCUUUCCUACCAAGACCUGUGAUUGAAAAAUCAUUUGUUCUGAACAAAAGGAAAUCAAACCUGUCAAAUAUUCCACUUCCUCAGUCGGCCGCAACAUUUUAUAAUGGAUUUUCCCCACAAUUUGAGAUUUUGGAAUCAUGUGAAAGCACCAUGAAGCUAAAUUUAUACUUGAAAGCCAGAAAGGAUGAUGUGAGUGCUGGUGUUCCUGGAAAAUUCUUGCAUGCUGUAAUUGGUCAAGAUGUCUCAGACGUAGGAUCCAUCGCUUCGACCAUCAUGUAUGCUCUCUACUUGAAUGAGACAAUCAAAAGUGACCAGUUCUGCACUGUACCUAUCAUUAAUAUGAAGAGGACAGACCUAAGUUCUCAUGCAGAACUAAAAUGGUUGCUGGAUUCUUGUCAUAUUGAUGUGCCAUCCUUACUUUUCGUAGAUGAGAUUGAUCUCUCAUACUUUGAUCUGUUCGGGUGUCUCAAGCUAGUGCUAGUGAAUGGACACAAGCUCCCAACAAGACAAGAGGCAUUAAAGGAAGCGGUCGUUGAAGUAUUCAAUUGCAGAAAGGGUGAAUCUGUGUAUCCUUGGGUGGAGACUGUUACUGUUGAUCAGGCUAUUGCUUCUGCACAGGACUGCUCAUGCUGUAGCCUUAUUGCUGAAAAGUUAUUCCUGACUGCACCUGAGCUUUUGGCAGGGCAAAGAUUCAGUAAACUUUUGUUAGCUGGCAUCCUAAUGGAUACUGGAAACCUUACUAGUCCUCAUUGCACUACCAAAGACAAGUACAUGGCUACUUUGUUACUCAAUGGCGCUGGUCGCUUCGGAUCCAAUGGUCUUUAUCAAAUAAUGAGAUACAAAAUGUAUGAUAUCUCUGAUCUUAAAGCAGUUGACAUAUUGCGCAAGGAGUUUAAAAAGUGGACAAGAGGAGGUAAGCCAGAUCCUACUGGUUCAAGAUUACUGGUGUCAAAUAUUGGGAUGAGUUCCAUUGGCAUUUCAUUGGAGCAGUUUCUUGCUCAUGAACGUUCUUCGAAAGAAGAAAUCAAGUAUUUCCAGCAGUCGGAGAAGCUUCGGUUACUCAUGAUUGUAUCAGGAUAUUAUGAUGCUGAGAAGAACUUCAAGAGGGAGAUACUGGUCUCUGCUGAAUCUAUGGAGCUUAUGAGGAAUCUGCUAUCCUUCUUCAGUUCAAAUGCCUCCCAUCUGCCACUCAAAGCUAUGCAUAGACCAGGUCUCAGAGAUGACAUGAAGGCAUUUGAGAUUGACAAAGCUACAUCAAGAAAGACCAUCGAGCGUCUCUUGGAAGAAUUUGGUGGGGCAUCAAAAGGCUAAUGUAUUGCAGCUGAAGAUCCUGAAUUUGUUUUUCCAAAGCAUAAAUCUCAGUAAGUGGUGGCAAAAUGAUGAGAAGCAAGGAUUUCCAUGAUGUGGCAGAAUUCAAUUUGAAGUCAGAAGCAGAAGUGACAGGAUUAGGAUCUCUCACUUAUGAGUUCUGAAUUCUGAAGAUUUCUGAGUUCUGAGUCCAGAAGAAGUUCUGAGUUCUAACAAGAAUUAUCUAUCUUAGAUUAUGUCUUAGAUUAGGAUUAUUUUCAUUACUGUUGCAAUUUUUUUAUUAGAACUCCAGUCAGAUUACAAUAUGAGACUAUACAAAUAGCCAAGGUAUAUUGAACAUUCAUCAAGCAAUAAGCAAUAAGAAAAAUAUCAAACCCCUUCAGAAACCUUUCUGAAACUAUUCUCAACUUCUAACAUUCCACGUUCAUCGAGGAACAUUUGCAGGUCUGCAUUCACCUUUUCCUAAACUUGCUUUGCCACUUCAGAUUUCUUCUUACCAAUGCCCAGCAUGCUCCUGCCAUAGAAUUUAACAGAAUUGGCAAUAUCCGCAACAUCAACCUGAGCCUCAAUAGGGAGACCAUCUUUCCCAACUGAAUUGACUUUCGCCAGCAAGUCCUGAAGUUCCUCAAAUUCUUGAGCAUCAACAAGAUCCCCAGCUUUCAUAUUGAGCAGCUCACUUAAUCUCUUUCUGUCUUCAUCAAAAUUCUUUUCAGAAACUUCAGAGAUUUUGGGUUUUGGAAGUCGUCUGCGAGGAACCUGAUGCUCUGCCUGAGCUUCUCUUGGACUUUGCUAUUUCAUAUAUUCGCAUUGCUUCAGCAAAAGCUGGAGGCUGCAAAAAAUUCAAAUUAAGUAUGUUACUUUAAAAGUUAAUCAAAUGCAAGUAAGGUUUAAGCAGGAAUGAAAGUUAACCUUGUCAAAGAAUUUGUACAAUUUGGAACUGAUGAUCCGGGCUCAGUCUCUAUUGUUGGGGUCUUGCAACUUGUAGUUGUUUCAGUCAUAACUUCAGGCUCAAGGACAAUUUCCUUUGGCAUUUCCUGCUGAUUGCCUGAGUGCAUUACUUGGGUAGAGAGAGAAAGAGAAGUUUCUUCCACAAUUUCUUCUGAAGCCUUUUGAAGGUUUUCAGGUUCAUUGUAAUGACUUUCUUGAAUAACCUCUCCCGAGUUUUCCCUAUUGUCAGUAUCCUGAUCUAGGUGCUCUUUCCCAUCUUGAGCACUAUCUUGAGGAAUAUCUUGCUC